AUGGAUUAUUUCUUAGCCGAUGGUAUCUAUCCAAAGUUGACUACAAUUGUGCAAGCUUUUAGUCAGACAUUGGAAAUUACCGAGUAUGUGAGAUUCAACAAGUAUCAAAUGGCUAAAAGAAAGGAUGUCGAGCGUGCUUUUGGAGUGCUUCGGGGUAAAUUCAUAAUUGUCGGAUCACCAUGUAAGUAUUGGAAACAAUCUGACUUGAACCUAGUUAUGAAAUGUUGUCUUAUUUUACACAACAUGAUUAUUGAGCAUGAACGUCGGGAUACAGAUUGGAGCAGAGUUGUUCCUGUUACGAUUCCGGAACCUACCAAUAAUGGUCGCAUAUUUAUGUCAUCUCUGAAAAACCUAGAAAUAUACCUACAACUAAGAAAUGAUCUUGUCAAGCACAUUGUUGCGCGUCCUGGUAGAGGAGGCCAGGCAGCGGACUUGUCUAGUUUGGAGGGUCCAGAUAUGGAAUACGUGGUACUUCCAUCAUCAAAAGGAGAUUAUGAUGAUACAGACUUAGAAGAAGAAGUAGUUCCUGGUCAAAACGAGGAUGGAGAAUUUGAUUAUUAUGGAUAUUACAAUGAUCAAAUCCCAGAUAACUUUGAACAUACAGUUGAACAUGUAGGAGACGGACAUGUGGGAGACAAAUAUGAAAAUGAUGGAGAUGACGAUGAGGAUUCUGGCUAUGGGGAGGAUUAUGACGAUGAUGAGGACGAUGACGAUGAGGAGGACGAUGAUGAUGAGGAUUCUGACGGUGACGAUGAUGUUGCGUACGAUGAUGCGGGUAUGUAUGAUGAUGAUGAUGUUGACGCAUAG